AUGUCCGGCUCAAUUAGUGAGGUCGAGGCACAACCCGUCCAGCCAACCGCGGCAUCUACGGCAGACGUCCCAUCAACAUCAGCCGAUAUCGAAGUUGACAACGAAAAGGAUGCCUCGACCAUGGAUGAUCGCAUGUGA